AGCUGCGCAUCCGCCACGACGGGCCGUGCCGCAUGGAGGACGUGGACACGCGCCCGCUUGACACCGUGCGCCUGUGCCACUACGCCGACCACACGGCGCUGUGGAUGCCGCUGUGCGCCAGCGACGGCCGCACCUACCCCAACCUCUUCGUGUUCAAGUGCGCGCAGGCGCGCCUGCUCAUGCCCAAGGUACUUAAUCCUAUUUCGCCCAAAAAAUUACGUAAGAACUUUUACACGGAGACAACAGUUAUUAACAAAUAUAGUU